AGUACGAUAUCUACGCCAUUGAUGAACGUUAAGAAGUUGGGAGUGUUAGAAGUUGAUGUUUUAAAUAUUAUUUCCGCGUAAAUUUUGUAGAAAUUCGAAAAUGUCUUAUGAAUAUAUUUCAUAAUUUCUGUUUCCUAAAUGAAGUUACAAAUAUAUUAGAGUUUUGCAAUAGGAAGGAAAAACAAAAGUAAUUCAUUGAAUGUAGUAUUUCACAUUAGACGAGUGGAUCAUUGUUAUAAAUAGAAUCUGAUAAUAUUCUUCAAAUAUAGUGUAUGCUGUUCUUCCAAUUUUUAUAGGAAAGGUUCAAGAUUAGGUUUUCAAAAGCUUUGCCUAUUUGUUCAGAAAAUUAUUCUGAAUCAUGACUAGAUUUUUGAAGCUGGUGCGUCACGAGGAUGGUAAAUGGAAAGCUUUACCUACAGAAACAGAUGAUAUAGCUCAAGUAUCCCUUAAAGAAAGACAAUAUGCUCCAAUCGAUCCAGAUCAGUUAUUAAAAGCUCUUGAUUCUCUUCUUUCCAAAAGUGGUGGAAUAAAAAGUGUUGAAGAUGUACCAAGAUUAGCAAGUUUGAUGAAAAAAUUUUCAAAGAAACUUGUCAGCCGUUGUGUUUAUUGCAAUGUUCUUAUGGCCACUGAAGCAGAUAUUCUUUCCGAAUAUUUAGACAAAGGUGGAUGGGAUACUAUCAACACAUGGCUGGAUUAUGCCAAAUCUUCUAGUUCUGCAUCUUUCCUCAUUGAAAUGCUGAAACUUUGUAAAUUGCUCCCUAUGACUGUAAAUAGAUUGAAAGAGAACAAUACUGCCAAACUUAUCAAGUCAUUGACAAAACAUGAAAAUGAUGAUGUUAAAUCCCUUUCAUCAGAACUUGUUUCAAGUUGGAUGACGAUAAUAAAAGGAAAAAAGCCAGAUCCUCCACCUUCUGGCGACAAAAAGAAAAAGAAAUCAAAGCAAAAAUCUGAAGUGAAAAAAGAACCUGAACCAGAAGUUGAAAAUGCUGAUGCAAAAUCAACGAGUGAAGUGCCAAAAAGCCCUGUAAAAAUUAAAGGAAUUAAACGUCCUUCUAGUGAAAAGGAGAUAAAAAAGGAGGAAUAUUAUGAAGAUGUAAAAAUAGACCCAGAGCCACUGAUGUCUGUUCCUAAAAAGCCCCGAACAGAUCGCCCCAAAACAGCCAAAGUGUAUCAUAAAAAAUUCCGUUCCACAGGCCUAGAAGAAGAAGUACCAUUGCCAAAGAAGAUUCCUAAGAAAGCGCCAACAGUUGACAAAACCGUUGCCAUUACUGCAGCUAAAAAUGUACUGAAAUUGAAUACUAAUCUACCUGAUAGGAUAAAUGAGAAAAAAUUGAAGCCUGAAAAUUUAGCUGUAAUAAAUGAAACUUCAUCUGCCUCAAAAGGCAUUAAACUUAUUCCAGCAAAACCUCGACCGACAUACAUGUUGCAUGAGAGUGCUAGUUUCAUGGAUGCAUUAACAUCUCUACCAGCAACUGCUCCUACGAAAAGAAAAAAGAAGCAACCUCCAAAUAAACCUUCAAAUUCACCUACAUCUCCAACUAUAACAGCACCAAAACUUCAAUUUUAUAAGGACACUCUUGAAAUGAAUGAUGAAAAUAAAGAAAAGCAGGAAAGAGAGAAAGACAAUAAUGAUGAUGUCAAAAAAGAAGGUAGUCCUGAAAAGGAAAAUGAAGCAAAAUCAGAAAAUAAAUCUGAAGAAGAACCCAUGGAAGUUUGUACUGAAGAAGGGGGACAUACGCCACCAAAUAUGGAAACUGAAAAUACACCAAGUCCAUUAGCCAAUGGUAAUUCACAAGAUAUGGAGGACGAAAAAGUUUCAUCUGAUCCAAACCAUUUCCGCUCUAUUCUGUCCCAUGGCAGGAGAAGAGGGAAGAAGAAGUCUGUUAAAUGGGUUGAAGAUGAAAAUAUAAAAGAAAUAUUUUACUUUGAAUUGGAUGAAACUGAAAGAGUCAAUGUUCUGAAAACUCAAAAUUUUGGAGAUCUGAAAUCAAUAGAGUUAAGGCGGGAGAGAGAAGCGAUAGAAUUAGCUAAAAGGCAAGCUGGAGAUAGAAUGGAAGAAAUGACUCGAUGGUGGAUAGUGCCAAUUUUAAUUGAUCUUCCACCUCCUCUUGUUGAGCCUGGUUGUCAAAGUAAAGAAAAAGAAGUAGAAAGACUAAGGCAACAAACUACAUUACAAGAAAUUUAUUUCACAAAAGAGAUGAUUCCUGAUUCUCCUCAUGAACCAGAUUUGGAGAUUGUUCCUGCACAAGAACCUAAAAUAAUUCCUUUAGAUGAGGAUAAUGUUAUUGGACCAUUGGUAGACUAUUCAAAUUAUGAACCACCCAAGUCAGCUCCUUUACCUGAAGUUCUCUCAAGUUUGAUUAAAUUAAGUCCCCAGUUACCUGUUUCUGCAUCAUCACCAGUUCACAACCAAGAGCAGGUUUACAUGGAAAAAGCUCCUAUAAAACAACCUCUUUUAAGUUCAGAAGGACUCAUUCCUCACAAUGGGGCAUUACCACUGGUUACUCCUUAUGAUCCAGGUGAAUUAGUUACUCCAUAUGAUCCAGGUGAAUCAGUACCACCUAAUAUACCAUCUAAUAGUUUACUUGGUCCACCACCUGCUGUUCAAAAUGUGUUUGGCAUGUCUUCUCCACCAAUGACAGAUAAUCACAACAUAGCACCUCAAAGUGAAUGGAGGACAUUAGAUAUGGUGCAAAAUCAGUAUUAUGAUAAGUUUCCUCCCAAUUCUGGUGGCAGUCGCAACAUAACACCACCUAAUCAGGGGCCUGGCAUGAACAUGAGACCAAGAAUGAUGAAUGACAACUAUAGACCCAUGCACAAAGGUCCUCCAAGGGGAAUGGGUCCACGGCCACGAAAUAUUCAUCGAGUACCUUGUAGACAUUUUAUGGCUGGUUCCUGUAGGUUUGGCAUGAAAUGUUCCUUUUUACAUCCUGGUGUGAAUGGUCCUCCCCUAUAGCUAAACACAUAAUGUAGAACUGUGCCUUUACAUCAAGCAAAGCAAAACUGUGAUAAUAUUAUUUGCUCAUAAAUUCAUGAACUUCCAUUUUUCAUCUUGAAUAUUGUUAGUGCAUUCCAUUUUUGGUGUAAUUAAAAUAAUUGCCAGCUUCUUUGCUACUCUGAAUACUGCUUUUAAAGUUUCCAGUUUUUUUCAUUGUGCAGAUCUUGUCCUUAAAUUCAAGUAAAAGGACUUUUGGAUUAUUACUUUUUAAUUUGUUUUGAAGAAAAUGAGAAGAAAAGACAAAUGUAAAAAUUUGAAAUAUAUAUUUAUAAACAAGUCUUACACAUUUAUUUAUAAAGAAAUCAAGAAAGAGUUAUGAUAAUUGCAUUCUUUUCGGCACUAUGCAUUGUCAGUUUCUGAAUAUUUCUUAUUUUGCAGAUUUUUUUUAUUAGAUUGAUGAUAAAUAAAUGAGGUUUACUCUUCAUACAGAAUUUUCUUUGUAUAUAUGCAUACUGUAAAUACUGUUUUUGUAUAGUUUUCAUUAUACUUUGUAUUAAAAGCGUCUAAAUGUUAGUUGGGCAUGAAUAAAAAGAAUUACAUAGAAAUUUGAUACGUUGCUUAUUUGUUUUAUAGUAUAUGAAAAUUAUGUUUUACAUAAAAACUAUUUUGUUGCUC